AUGGCUGAUACACAGCCGCCGCCGAACACCGCCGCAGCAAACGUCGCCGCUUCCGUUCCUUCAAAGGAGCAUUUCCGCACAAGAUGCUGCUACUGUCUCUGCAAAACCUUGUGGAUCUUUCUGGUCCUCGUUAUCGUCCUCGUCAUGCUCGUGAUUUUGGUUUUAUACAUCAUCAUCACACCCCGCUCCUUCAGAUUCCACGUCACUGACACUACCCUCACACAAUUCGAUUACGCUGCCAACUCCACCCUUCGCUACAACCUCGUACUCAACAUCACAGCAAGCAACCCUAACAAGAAGCUCAAGAUCUACUACGACGUCGUUCAGGCCAACGCGUUCUACGGCGGCGUUAGGUUUUCCACCACCGACAUCAACAUGCCUUGGAAUUCCUACCUUCAGGACAAGAAGGGCACUAACCUUUUCAGCGCGGUUUUCUCGGGACAACGUGUGAUGGUGUUGGAUAGGGACGAGGUUUCUGAGUUUGAUGAAGAUAACAAGAAUGGGGUGUUUCCUAUAGAUGUUAUGAUUCGUUUCACCAUUAGGUUCAGGCUAGAAGCUUUUCAGUUUGGGUAUUACUAUCCUAGAGGCAUGUGUGAACUCAAAGUUCCUUUGACUUCUAAGGGGGAAAAGGUGGUUCCGUUUAAGGUCACCAAGUGUCGAAUUGAUUUCUGA